UUCCAUUCCCUUGUCAAUCCGCCAGGAUCAAGCUGCACUACAAAGAAGCGUACUUGGUUAACUUCACACAAUAUCGAGAAUAUGUCCCUGGCUCCCCCAUUCACCGAAGAAACGGCUCGGGCCAAAGUCAAGAAGGCGCAGGAUCUUUGGAAUACCCAGGAUCCAAAGGCAAUCGCAAAGGCUUACACGCCUGACAGCAUAUGGAGAAACCGCUCCACCUUCAUCUCCGGUACAUCUGCAAUCGAGGACUUCUUGACAAAGAAGUGGGAGAAGGAGAAGAGUUACCGCCUGCGCAAAGAGCUCUUCGCAUUCACAGGUGAUAAGAUUGCAGUUCAAUUCUGGUACGAAUACCAGGAUUCCCAUGACGGCAUGAAAUGGAAGCGGUGUUAUGGGCUGGAGGACUGGACCUUUGCGGAAGAUGGAAGGAUGCGCAAGCGGCAGAUGAGCGGGAACGAUGUAGAGAUCGAAGAAUCGCAGCGUUGGUUUGUCGACGGCAUCGACGUGAAUUCUAUCGCGAUCGGCGAGGCGCAUUGGUAGA